AUGGCCGCUAUGACACAGCGGAGGAGGUCGGCUGUGAGGUCAUCGUUCCACUUUAUCAUUGACCUUGUGCCAGUGGCGGUGAUUCUCGAUGGGCCUCUACUUGCAACGGACGGGAGUGCAGUGGGUGCGGUAGUGGGGCUUGCAGCAGGAGCGGGGGGUGGGGAUGCACCGUGUGGGGGAAUGGGGGAUGCUGCAGGAGCGGGGGGUGGGGAUGCACCGUGUGGGGGAAUGGGGGAUGCUGCAGGAGCGGGGGGUGGGGAUGCACCGUGUGGGGGAAUGGGGGAUGCUGCAGGAGCGGGGGGUGGGGAUGCGGAUGCAGGAGGAUGGGAUCUGGUGGCCAUUGAAGGCGCAGACGUAGUAGUACCUGUCGCCAUCCCCUGUCGCGAAUGCGUAGCUGCUGCCACUCAACCUGGAUUUGGGUACAACCUGCUCCCCAAGGCUAAGCCACGGUGCGGUGUGGCAGACCCACCGUUUAUAAUCAUCCCAUUUGGCAUGCUUCGUGAUAUUAUCAGCAUCACGAACCUGCACGAGAAGGGAAUGGGAGGAGAGUGGUAG